AAUAUAGUAGAAUCGUCGCCUAUUUUGAACCAAAAAUUAAUAUCAUCAAAUUUUCCAAUGGUUCAACACCUUAUAGGCCAAGACGUGCACGCAGCCAAUAAACCAAAAAAUAACCGAAUGUUCAAAGACGAACCUGUACCUAAAGGUUACCUAAAAUUCAAAUUCAACGAAGACUGCAAUUUUAUGAAUUGCGGAUAUCGUAAUCAUCAAAGCCACUUUCAUUGUAUAAGGAAUGAUUGCUGUUAUAGUUUCUGUGAUAAAACGCGGUUUGUUCAACAUUCUGCAAGACAUGAACGUCUAGACAAAUUAAUGGGUGGAGAUUUUAAACAAUUCCGGGCUAAUAUGAGCUGUGGUUAUGCUGAUUGCGAAUAUAAUAAAAAUAUCGGUAAGUGUCCAAAUAACAAGUCAUCCCACUUCCAUUGCCAAAUCUGCGACUUCAUAUGUUCCGAUACAAACAAAGUAGUUGCUCAUAGACGUCAACAUAAUAAGAUGAAUCAAAUAAAAAGUGCAGGUUUCGAAAAAUUCACACCAGGAAUGGAUUGCACACGAGGUGCAGGUGGAAAUGAAAAUUCUGAUGGAUCUCCAAAUGAAGGUUCGACCAGGGCCGAAUCGGGCAGUUGCGUUCAUAAUAUGAAACAAACACAUUACCAUUGUCUGGUGUGCAAUUAUGCAGUUUUGGGCCUGGCGCAAAUGUCUGCACAUAAAUUUAGACACAUGGAAUAA